UUAAAUAAGCUUUUCUUUGACACUCUUUCUAAAAUGUGAACACUGUUUUAUAGGUAUAUACAGAAGUAAUUGUUACAUUGAUAUGUACACUACAAACCAAAUUAUAGUAUUUAGGAGAAACUAACAAAGUGUAGAUAUUAGUUGACCAAGAAGCUACAGAACAAUGAGAAAAAAAAAGAAAGUGGUUCUUUAUUGGGAAUUCAGAUCCCAAGUUCAGAUAGAGUGAUCAAAGAAUUAAAACGGCCAAACUCCACAGUGGUCCAGGGGUGGGUAUGUUUGAAAAAAGGAAAGAGAGGAAGGAGGGAGAGUAGGGAAAGAGCUGGGAUUGAAAGCAAGCAGCAGCCCAUAUUGUUUUCACUCAGCUUAUCCUUCAUCAGUCUGCCAAUGCAACUGCAGUUUAAACUUUGUCAUGAUGCUGAAAGCACCAGUUAGCUUUAGGUGGACAUCAUUUUGGCAUUCGGUAAAGUGAUCAAUUUGCAGAUUUUUGUCUCAAGGAAAGGAUGGUGGUUUUUCUGGGUAAAAAAUUUCGAUCCCUUUUGUCAGUCUUCAAGAAGAAGGCAGGACAAAAGCAAGAUGAGCAAACAAAACUGACAGUGCAUUACACAUCCUCUCAAUACUAUCAGGAGAAUGUGUUCAUUGAAGGAAGCAGGCCAAAAUAUCUGGAAGAUCUGCACACUGAAGCCCAAGAAGGGCUUAAGAUACUGCAACAGGAGGAGCAUAACAUUGCAAAGGACCUUAAGGAUGAUCAGACUACUUCCACUGUAACAGAACAACAACAUGAUGUCAACUGUGAAGAAAAAGAAGGACUUUUGAGUUCUGAAAGCACUGCUGACCACUCCAUUACAUCAGUGUCUACUGUGUCUGCAGUGUCCCAAAGACCUGUGCUAACACGCCAAGGCUCAACUUUUAAGCCCUUGAACACUCUGAAGAGGCUGGACAACCCUCGAAAAAGGAGUAGAAGAACAACAAUUAUGGGCAUACCACAACAGGUUCAGAGAGAGCUAUUUAUUGGGCGAGAAGCUUUACGACAACUCCAGAAUGAUAAAGAUGAUGAGUCCUCUGGUAGAGUCAUAAUUCCAAGAUUUGAUGGAGAGAUGCUUGUAACAAAUCAUGAAGGGGCACGUGUACACCUACAGGAUAUUGAAGCCCUUCAAGUUUCCAGAGAUGACCAACUUCUCAGGCACCAUGUACAUGCUGUGUAUGGUGAUGACUUCUUUCUAAGCACCAGAUCAGGUCUACAAAUGUCCCAGAGACCCAGGUCUCUUGCUGUACCAGGAAUAACAACAUCCUCUGCCCUCUUCCAAGAACCACAAGGUCCUGUGAUGUCUAUCUCACCACAGGCUACCUAUUUAUCCACAAUUAUUCCGAAUGCAAUCCUACCUUCUUCAAUAGAUGUGAUUGAAAUCGAUAGAAGGUACAACCGGCGAAGCGUCUGCGCAGUUAGCAAGAGCAGUUUAGCACCUUCAAGUCCAGCUUCUUCACGUUCCGGAGGUGGUACUCAUGAUGACCCAAAUUCCACCAACUCUAAAUGGAGCCAUUCACAAUCUUCCGAGACUAUUGUCUCCCACCCCUCCACCAUCUCUUUUAAAGGAAGCAUGUCAUCUUCACACGUAACAGAGAGUAUGAAGGAAGCCACAGAUUUAAACGAGGAACAGAUGAGUUUUAAAAGCUCAAUCAGUUGGUCAAGUUCUAAUAGUAAAGCAGGCAGUCAGAGACUGGAACAAGGGGAACUAAGUGAUGGUGGGGAGACUGCCCAACACAGUCGAUUAAACUCUCGUAAUCUGUCGGUAAUGAAGGCUAAACUACCACCAGCACCACCGAGAAGAACAUACUCUUUGCACCAUGAAAACAUCAAGGAAAGGCCAAGGGGACUGCCAGGCCCAAAGGAUUUUAAAUACCUUGGAUCCAAUGGCAGAAAACCAGAUGCAAAUUUAAAUACAAAAAAUCCUGCAUCAUCCAACACUACAAAUAUCUCUACCCAGUCUCCGGUAUCACAAUUUUUUAAUGACUCUAACUUACCUGUUAGUGGCAGUCUCCACAGACCUGUUCAAAAUGUUAUUGAAGUGCAGUCUGAAUCAAAUAACUCCUCCCCACAGGAUAUAUUUGAAAGAACUCUAUCCCCUUCUAGUGGAUACUCCAGUCAAAGUGGAACACCCACCCAUUCUUCUAAAGACAUCUGUCCUCCAUCUCCAGGAAGGCAAAAGUUGAAACCCCCAAAGCCAGAGAGGACAGUGACACGAAUUUCUCCUGCAGUGUCAGUCUCAUCUUCCCUGGUUUCUUUGUCAUCAAAUGUAUCAGAUCAAUCAAGUCAAUCAAGUCAGCUUACACAUGCACACACCACUCAAUCACAGUCACCAAAGAUUUCCCCUGCUGUAACAACAAUAAAAAACACAGUGACACCACCACCUACAACAACUAUCAAAGAAUUGUUCAACAUUCCUCCUCCACCAAAGGUAAAAGCACCUUGUCCCCCACCCCCUGAAACCUGGGCUCACAUUGAGCGCACAACUGAACUAUUAUGUGGUACAAAUGCCCACAGAUUGUAUGACCUUCAAAAACAUUAUCAAACAGACCUUUUAUUGAUGAAAAAUCAGGCCACAACAGAUAACAAAACAAGUGGGCAAAGACAGGUAUCUAUAGAAACUGUAAGAGACGAAAACUAUUCAGAGAAUGAAGCAGAUAUGUCUGAGCUUAAGAAUGAGCACAUGCCAGUGCAAGUUAUACACAAAAGAGAAUGUGAAAAUUCAGAAGAGAUAAAACAUAAGCAAGAAAGUCCAGCAAAUUUCAAGAAAUUGCAGUCAGAAGACAAGACUAAUCAAAUAUUUUUAUUAAAAGAAAAGUGUAUCAGUGAGUCAUGUCAUGUAAUUACUAGUGGUUUGCCAAAGAAUAGCAUUUUAGCUCUUGAGACACAGAGAACUGACACAGAAGACCAAUGUUUUGUCAAACACUCCACUAAUAAAGCCAUCCUUAAAAAUAAAACCACACAUAAUCGAAGUGUAGAAGAUACAGGAGCCAGUGGUAACUCUCCACUUAAUUCUCCACCACCUGAACAUUCUCCUCCUCCUCCACCCUCUAAAAUAUAUUCAGUAAGCUCAGAGUCUGUACUAUUGCAGGAGGAAGUAGAGACUGAGGGGGGACAAGUACUUACAGAUACUUCCUGGCCUCCACCACCUCCACCUAUGGAUGAGUCGUCUGACUUAGUAUUUGAAGGACAGGAUGAGAUAGACUUCCCUCUGCCUCCACCACCGGACAUGCAAGAAUCAUUCAUAGCUAUGUCAGCGCACUGCCAUGUAGAAUCAUCAGGACAGGGAGAUUUUGUGGCUCUUGAUAAGUCAACUGAUUUAUCAGAUGUAGCCAGCCACACCAUGCAAAAUUCAGAGCUACAAAUUAUUCAGGACACUACAUUAGUGGAGAAAGUAUUAAAUGAAUCUCCAGAAGUUGAGAACAUUCCAAAUAUUUUAGAUGACAAAAUGUUCAAUCAAUCACAAGCUAAGCCACAAUCCUUUGAGAACGUUUCACAAGUUUGCACAGAUCUAGUUGGUUUAGAAACUCCUAUGCCUUCUGAAACUUAUCAGAAAUCUUCAGAAUCACAGGAAAGUCCACAAGUUCUGCCUCAAGAAACUACCCUUCCACCUAAAAGUGAAACACAGCAAAUAUCUCAUGCUCCUACAUUCUCUGCUGAUUUAAAAAUUACACAUCAGCUUCCAAUGGAUGACCAGUCCACACUUAUUUUCCGGCAACAACCCAGUCUUAUAAACAAAGACAACAGAUGCAAAGGGAAUUCAUCCACACAAAAAUGUGCACCAAUUCAAAAGGAGGAUGCAAACAUUCCCCUUGUCACCCCUUCUCUACUUCAGAUGGUGCGGCUACGAACUGUAAAUGUUGAAGACCAAGUUGACCUUUUAUCACAAGAAGGUCCAGCUGGUACAAAGACCACCCCAGACCAGGACGUGUCUGUGUCUAGUCAAGUGACUCCACAAAAACCUGUUCGCAAAUCUGGCUUAAAAUCCAUGCAGUCUCCUGUCAAGUCGCCCCCUGCAUCAAUCCCGGCUCCUUCCAUGCGCCUUCAAGAGGCUAUACGUAUGAAGACAGCUGCAAUGUCUUCCAGUAGCUUCCCAGCAAGGCCCAGUUUACGUUUGCCAACCCCAACAGCAAACAGCAAUGAAGUGCCCGUACUGUCCCCCAAGACACCCGAUGCCUGUAAGUCUCCUGUCUCCACAGCCAGCUUCAUAUUUUCCAAGAGCACAAAGAAGGUUGUUAUUGAAACAGCCACAACCCCAGAGGCCCAGGCCAGCCUCAAGCAGAGCCUUGCAGCAGAGCUCAUGCAAAUUACUGAUCAGAAUAAAUUAAUGGUUACAAAUGGCACUAGGAAGCAUCAAAAGGUCCCACCACCGAUUGCAAAGAAACCAGUACAUGCAACAGCAGAAAAAGUUACAACUGUCACACAGCUUACAACAGUGGACUCUUCAAGUAAUCAAAAAAAUGGAGUAGCAAAUAAUCACCAGAAUGACAGAGGGCAACCUGUUGGCAAGUAAAGAAAAAGCCUACAAUGUGUCUUGAGUAAUGCUUUUGGAGAACUUUUGAAAAAAUGAAAGUAAAAUUAGCAAAGACAAUGUGUAGCAAUCAUGGACAGUAUCACUGUUAUAUUGUAAACGCCUUAGCCUAAACAUGGCCUUCAUAUUUAUGCAAAAAAUUUGGAGUUUGUUCCAAAUCUUUUGGUAUAACAGCUUUGCUGUAGCUUUGAUGUAUUUUUCUACAAAUACAAUUUAUGUCUCUUUUGGCAAGUUAUAAACCACCUGAUUAAGGUGGCUGCUGCAGUUCAAUGUUGUAAAUUUCUAGGUUUAUUCUUUGCAAUGUUAAUCUAUCAUCUAGUGGUUAUAAUAGGUAGUAGUCACUGCUGAUUAAAGACCUCUUUCCCAACACAAACAUGGAUUUUUAUGCUCACAGUAAAUUUUUUGUCCCUCAUUAACACAAUAUGGCCAGAGGUUUGUAGACAUAUGACAUCACACCUAUUAAUGCUUUUGGGGCAUUAAUCCCCCAUUAAUCCAGAUUCUCCAUUUGCAAGGUUUCCACAUAGUGUGGUGUCUGCUUUAAGACAAUGUCUGUUGUGAAAAGCGCUAUAGAAAUAAAUAGUCUUCACUCUUCUAGGAAGGCUUUCCAUUAGUUUUGGGAACAUUAGCAGAUUCAGGUGAGGGAGCAGUUGCUGUUCAAGUUCAUUCCAAAGGUGUUCAGCGGGGUUCAGAGCUCUAUGCAGGUCAUUCAGGUUCUUUCACUCCAUCCUUGGAAAAUCAUGUCUUAAUUUCCCCAUUUCUAUGUGCACAGGGGUACCGCCAUGCUGUAACAGGUUUGGUGCCCUUAGUAUUAGUGAAGGAAUGUCUCAUGUUACAGCAUACAAAAAUAUUGUUUUCAAUUGUAUGCUUUCAGAUUUAUGGCAACAAACCACAUAGGUGUGAUGGACAGGUGAACACAUACUUUUGACCAUAUUCUGUAUAUGUGGAAUGGCUAAUGCUAUGCUUAUACAUUUUAUGAAUGUAUAUAUAUAUACACAUUACUCAAUCUUAUUUGGAUCUUAACUAAACUGGCCUCCUGCAUCUGUAAAAUUGUGUAUAUGAUACAUGUGCUUGAGAAAAAUCAAGGAAUUUACUGAAUGUGCUUGAGAUGUUUAAUAAAUUAAAACAUUUUAUUACUAUUUCUAGAAAAAGCACUUUGCAAAAUAUAAUUGCUGAACCAUGAAAGGCAGUAAAACUUCUGUAUGUGCCCUCUAAAACUAUAGAACACAGCUGCUUCUUUAUUAAUGUCACAGCACAAAAAGUAUUGACACUUUGAGAACAAAGUUACAUAAAAAUAUUUGCCUGUUUAAAGUAUUUGGCUAUUUCUGGGUUUACAAGGUAGAUCAUGAAUGCAUUCUGCUAUUGUGAAGCCUGUUUAACAAUCUUUCUUUUAAAAAGUAUUUCACCACUUCUUUUCAACACCACUGAGUAUUCUUUAGUAUACAGUAUCUCUUAUAUGCAAUGUAUUUUCUCUACUCAAGUAAAAAUAUUUCAAUUUA